CCCUCAUCGCAGUGGGAUCAGUCCUGCGAUGUCACUGGAUAUAUUCAUUUCUGUUGCCUUACAUUGUAGGUGCACAGGCCUUCAAGGUCCAAAUAAAGGGAUCACCAAUAGCACAUCUGAGGAUGCCUCCGAAAUUCAAUGGUUCGACAACGUGGAUGAUGACAUGCCAAUUACUCCUCCUGCCAAAGACUCACUCACUGUCCUUAUGCAAGGUGGAAGGCAGCCAGCAUCUAUCAAAGGUGGUACUCGAUGGUCUUCUUGCCCUUCCAAGCCCUCUGCUCGUCCUCGAGCAGCUGAUAACACUUCAGCUGAGUCGUCUUCAGGCACGUGCCCACUCAAGCAGGCAUUAUCGAGUGCAGACAAUGCACCCAUCAAAAAAGUUGCCAUACGAGCAGCUCCCGAGGAAGAUGACUUAGAUGACAACCAC